CGUCUAAAAGGGGCGUGGUAUCCACACGGAGAGGCGUCGCGAACGUGAUUGCGUCACUUGGAAAGGAAAGGAAGAAAAUGGAGGAGUACGCAAGGGAGCCGUGCCCCUGGAGGAUAGUGGACGAUUGUGGGGGCGCCUUCACUAUGGGAGCCAUCGGUGGAGGAAUAUUUCAGGCUGUCAAAGGCUUUAGAAAUUCACCUUCUGGCAUGAACCACAGGAUGAAAGGGAGCAUGACAGCCAUCAGGACCAGGGCUCCACAAUUAGGAGGAAGCUUUGCUGUAUGGGGUGGGCUUUUCUCAAUGAUUGACUGUGGCCUAGUAAAAGUGCGUGGAAAAGAGGACCCAUGGAAUUCAAUAACAAGUGGAGCCAUGACAGGAGCUAUUCUUGCUGCAAGGAAUGGGCCUGUGGCUAUGGUUGGGUCUGCAGCUAUGGGAGGCAUUCUUCUAGCAUUGAUAGAAGGUGCUGGAAUCCUUCUCACAAGGUUUGCUUCAUCACAACUCCCAACAGGUCCACAAUUUGCUGAGGAACCACCCUCAAUGCCUGCCUCAUCUUUUGGUGACUAUAGACAGUAUCAGUGAGCAGUCCCUUCAUUUUCAAACCAUUUUACUCUUCCAUGAACUCAUGGGGUAGUCAAAUUUACAUAAAGCGCCAAUGGAAGGAUGCAAUCCACCAUUAAAGAUCUUUGUUGGAAAACGAAAAAGGAAAUUCCUUUUUUCACACCGAGUCUUCUACAGCAUAGAUUUUCACAUUAUAAGAUGCCUCUUUUGUUUAUUGAUCAAGUGUUUUUAUUCUUGUUUUUAAUUUUUCUUUAAGCAAUAACACAAAGACAGCAAGACUUAGGGAUUCAAGAAAACAAAAUUUUCCUAAAGUAUGCUAGUUGUCUUGAUGUGUGAAUGUAAGCAUCUUUUCUGUACAUAUAAAAGUUGAAGUUGCAGUUGUAAAAUAUUUUGCCACUAAGCCCUUCUGAAGAAAGUUAAUUAAUAAUAAAUCAUCUUAACCAUCUGAACAUAUCCCUAAACUAUUAAUGUUUGAAGCAUAUAUUUAUUAUGUAUUUCAGGUUAAACUGAAGAAAUAUUGAGUGGUAGAAAUGAAUAAAAAUGAUUUGGAUAAAG